UAAUCACUGUCCUUAUCUCAGUGGGGAAUGUUAAUGACACACUGACAGUUUCCUUAUCGGACAACACCACAGGAGGUCGGACACAGAAAUAGACUGAAGAGACCUGCGGCCAGACCGCCACCCCCCCACCCCCCAAACCAUCAUCAGAAAGAAUCAUGCUGAAUAUUUCAGACGUCAUCAACAGUUGGUGUGACUGACAAGUGGUUAUCGUGGUAACAUCCACCGCCUGUCUCAGAGACCAGUGAAAAACUGACAGACUGGAUCUCAGCUCUGGUUCAAACUGGUUCAGUUGGUUCUGGCUUCUUAUCUUCUGUCUGAGUGUUUCUAUUCCAGUUUUCUUCCAUCUUUGGUCAGCUGUUCUCUCUCUCUCUGCCAUUAUCACCUGCCUCACACGCCCCACCUCUGGCUCUUAUAAAAUGUCCGACUCCUCCACCUCCAUCUGUCAUCCUCUCUGCUGCACCAUGGCUCCCAAGAAAGUGGAACCAAAGAAGACGGAGGUGAAGAAGGCAGAGGCGAAGAAGGAAGAGCCUCCUCCUCCUCCCAAACCUGCAGAGCCAGAGCCCAAACCUCCAGAGGUGGACCUGAAGAGCAUCGUGGUGGAGUUCACUCCAGACCAGAUCGAGGAGUUCAGAGACGCCUUCACGCUGUUCGACGAGACGCCCACAGGUGAGAUGAAGAUCACCUAUGCUCAGUGUGGAGACGUGAUGCGAGCGCUCGGCCACAACCCCACCAAUGAUGAGGUGCUAAAGCUGCUGGGGAGGCCGAAGGCGGAGGAGCUGAACAUCAAGCUGCUGGACUUCGACAACUUCCUGCCCAUGCUGCAACACGUGGCCCGGUCCAAGGAGCAGGGCACCUUCGAGGACUUUGUGGAGGGUCUGAGGGUCUUCGAUAAAGAGGGGAAUGGCACGGUGAUGGGGGCUGAGCUCCGCCACGUCCUGGCCACUCUGGGAGAGAAGAUGACGGAGGACGAGGUGGACCGGCUGAUGGUGGGGCAGGAGGAUGCCAAUGGACACAUCAACUACACUGAGUUUGUCAAACACAUCCUGGCCGGGUAGAAAACAGACAUUGAUUUCUACUGUUUCUACUGUCUCUAUCUGCCGGAGCAAGGAUUUCACUUGCCUUCUGGUUUCAAUGUUCUUUACGUUUCUCUGUGUAAACAUCUUCAGUGUUUCACUCUGCUGAUAAUUAAAGGCUGAACAGAGCUGAACUCCUCCUUUACUCUGAGUCAGGUUUAUUGACAAGAAGAAAGACUAGAAUAAACAUAAUCAAAAAUAUUUACACUUAAUCAUUACAAAUAGAGUAUUAAUUAUGUCAUAUGAUUGAUUUGAGACUUUAAAUAUAAACUUUAGAUAUUCUAACAUGAAAAACAUCCUAAUGAAAUAUCUGAACAGAAUCAGAAACAUGAAGCUGUUCUUCCUCAUUCUUCUUCACCUUUUCUCUUCCUCUCUCUCUUCUUCACCUUUUCUUUCUCUCUCUCAUCUUUUGUCUCAAACACAGAUCAUCUGACAGUGAAAAUAAAAAUUUAUAGCAUCAGUUCUGGAUGGAUUACCAUUAGAUCAUUUACUCACCUGUCCUUCAUCAUGAUGGACGGCAGUUGUUGGUCACAUGAUGUCUGUAGUUCAGUGUCAUUUGUCCCCAAACAGUCCGUUAGUUUGUUACCUGGAUCAGCUGAUUUUCUGAUGUCCAGCUCCAGGUGAAAUUUUAAUUUAUUAUUAUUAUUUUGAAGGAUUCAGUCCAACGAUCCAGAAAACUGUUGAUUUCUGAUGAACUUUGUUUUUAUUCAUCAAAAUAAAAAACAUCCAUGAAGCGUCUCUCUCUCUGUUUCUGUCCUAGUACAGGAAGCUAGAGGUUAUUUUUCUGCAGUACUCAAAGUACCCAGUAGGAAGUGUCUGUAUGGUACUUAAACUUAUUUCCAUGUAAAAUCCAGAGAGCCACCAGG